AUGUCUGAUCAAGCAAAUCAAGGCCAAGGUCAAGGCCAAGGUCAAAGCCAAGGUCAAGGUUACAACCAGUACAACCAGUAUGGUCAAUAUAACCAGUACUACAACCAACAAGGCUACCAAGGCUACAAUGCCCAACAGCCACAAGGCUACCAAGCUUACCAAGGCUACAAUGCCCAACAGCCACAAGGCUACCAAGCUUACCAAGGCUACAAUGCCCAACAGCCACAGGGUUACAAUGCUUACCAGGGCUACAAUCCUCAACAGCAAGGUGGCUACAAUCCAAACUAUAACAAGAAUUACAACAAUAGGAACAAUAAACAAGGCUACCAAAACUACCAAGGUUAUAAUGCUCAACAACCACAGGGUUACUCUGCAGCCGCUCCAGCAGCUUCUCAGGGUAUGACUCUAAAGGAUUUCCAAAAUCAACAAAGCUCCUCUAACACUGCAGCUAAGCCAAAGCCUAAGUUAAAGCUAGCAUCAAGUUCUGGUAUUAAGCUAGUUGGUGCUAAAAAGCCAGUUGCUACCAAGAGUGAAGAACCUAAAGAAGAAACCAAAUCAUCUGAGGUCAAAGAAGAGAAGAAGGAAGAUGCCAAGGUUGAUGCUGAGAACGAAGAGAAGAUUGAUGCCAAGAUUGCUGAUCUUAAAAUAUCUGAGAAAGAAGAAGUAAAACCAAAGGAAGACGCUAAACCUAAAGAAAACGAAGCACCAGCCUCUUCCGAAACAUCCAAAGACCAAUCGGCUAAUACCAAGACCGAUUCAGCAGCAGGUGUUUCUUCUGCAGAUGUCCUAAUUAAGGAACAAGAAGACGAGGUAGAUGAAGAAGUCGUUAAAGAUAUGUUCGGUGGUAAAGACCAUGUCUCUAUUAUCUUUAUGGGUCACGUUGAUGCUGGUAAAUCUACCAUGGGUGGUAACUUGCUAUAUCUAACGGGUUCUGUUGACAAAAGAACUGUUGAGAAGUACGAAAGAGAAGCCAAGGAUGCUGGUAGGCAAGGUUGGUACUUAUCUUGGGUUAUGGAUACCAACAAGGAAGAAAGAAAUGAUGGUAAGACCAUUGAAGUGGGUAGAGCUUAUUUCGAAACAGAGAAGAGACGUUAUACCAUCUUGGAUGCACCAGGUCAUAAAAUGUACGUUUCGGAAAUGAUUGGUGGUGCUUCUCAAGCCGAUAUUGGUAUUUUGGUUAUAUCUGCCAGAAAGGGUGAAUAUGAAACUGGUUUCGAAAAAGGUGGUCAAACUCGUGAGCAUGCUCUUUUGGCUAAGACUCAAGGUGUCAACAAAAUGAUCGUUGUUAUCAAUAAGAUGGACGAUCCUACUGUUGGUUGGGACAAGGAAAGAUACGAUCAAUGUGUUAACAACCUAACCAACUUCUUGAAAGCUGUUGGUUACAAUGUCAAAGAAGAUGUUGUUUUCAUGCCAGUUUCUGGUUAUACCGGUGCUGGUUUGAAGGAUCGUGUUGAUCCUAAGGAUUGCCCAUGGUACACUGGACCAUCUUUGUUGGAAUAUCUAGAUAAUAUGAAAACAACUGACCGUCGUAUCAACGCGCCAUUCAUGCUUCCAAUUGCUUCUAAAAUGAAAGAUAUGGGUACCGUUGUCGAAGGUAAGAUAGAAUCUGGUCAUAUUAGAAAAGGUAACCAAACUCUUCUAAUGCCUAACAAAGUUAAUGUUGAAAUUCUGACCAUAUACAACGAAACAGAGAAUGAGGUUGACAUGGCUGUAUGUGGUGAACAAGUUAGAUUAAGAAUCAAGGGUGUCGAGGAAGAAGAUAUUUCCGCCGGUUUCGUAUUGACUUCGCCUAAGAAUCCUGUCAAAAAUGUUACCAGAUUUGUGGCACAAAUUGCCAUUGUCGAAUUAAAAUCGAUUAUGUCUGCUGGUUUCUCAUGUGUGAUGCACAUUCACACAGCCAUCGAAGAAGUUGUCAUUACAAGAUUGUUGCAUAAACUUGAAAGAGGUACUAACAGAAAAUCUAAGAAACCACCUGCAUUUGCCAAGAAGGGUAUGAAGAUCAUAGCAGUCAUAGAGACUCAAGAACCUGUAUGUGUGGAAACAUACGAUGAUUAUCCACAAUUAGGAAGAUUCACCUUGAGAGAUCAAGGUACCACCAUUGCUAUUGGUAAGAUUGUCAAAAUCUUGGAUAAUUAG